UCAAUGAGCCUGUGAUAACAAGAUUAUGGAGCUUUGUGGUGCAACAAGACUUGGCUAUUUUGGGAGAAGUCAGUUUUACAUUGCUUUGAAACUUGUUGCUGUGGCCCAAUCUGGUCUCCCUCUAAGAGUGGAGAGUUUAAAUACAGUAAAGGACCUCCCUCUUCCCAGAUUUGUUGUGUCAAAGAAUGAACAAGAAUCAAGACACACAGCCUUGUAUUCUUCAGAUGCUGAUAACCCAGCUUCAUAUUCAGGUGUAAUUCCUCCUCCACCUGGCAGGGUACAAGUCAAAAAAGGCUCUGUGAGCCAUGAUGCAGUUCAGCAACGUACUUCAACAGACCAACAGGAGUCCACAUCUCCAGUUGUUUCACCACAGCAAUCCCCACCAACCUCUCCACAUACAUGGAGGAAGCACAACCGCCAUCCCAGCGGAGGAAAUAAUGAACGACCUCUUGCUGGACCUGGGCCUUUUUGGGCUCCAUUUAGUGAAGCACAACCAGGCUCAUCUACUACUAGUGAUCCCGUAUGGUCUGGCCAUUCACCACCACCUCAUCAAGAAAAUUGGGUCAGUUUUGCAGAUACCCCACCAACCAGUGCUCUUUUAACCAUGCAUCCUGCUUCUGUCCAGGACCAGACAACAGUACGAACUGUAGCAUCAGCUACAACAGCAAAUGAGAUUCGUAGGCAAUCAAGUAGUUAUGAUGAUCCCUGGAAAAUAACUGAUGAACAAAGGCAGUAUUAUGUUAAUCAAUUUAAAACCAUUCAACCUGAUCUAAAUGGAUUUAUACCAGGAUCUGCAGCUAAAGAAUUUUUCACUAAGUCAAAACUACCUAUUCUUGAGCUUUCUCAUAUUUGGGAACUGUCAGAUUUUGAUAAAGAUGGUGCACUGACUUUGGAUGAAUUCUGUGCUGCUUUUCAUCUGGUAGUUGCUAGGAAGAACGGAUAUGAUUUGCCAGAAAAACUACCUGAAAGUUUAAUGCCCAAACUGAUUGAUUUGGAAGACUCUGCAGUGGUUCCUGUCAUUUCAGAAGCUGGGGAACAGACUGGUGAGGUAGGUUACUCCAGCUCUCCAGCAGAAGCUCCUCCAAGCAAGUCACCAUCUAUGCCAUCCCUAAACCAGACCUGGCCAGAACUGAAUCAGAGCAGUGAGCAGUGGGAGACAUUUAGCGAACGCUCUUCAAGCUCACAAACUCUGACCCAAUUUGAUUCUAACAUUGCACCAGCUGAUCCUGAUACUGCAAUUGUGCACCCAGUUCCCAUAAGAAUGACUCCAAGCAAAAUCCACAUGCAGGAAAUGGAGCUUAAAAGAACUGGAAGUGAUCACGCUAACCCUACUAGCCCAUUACUUGUGAAACCACCUGAUCUCCCGGAAGAAAACAAAAUGAGUUCAUCUGUAAAAUUUACAGCUGGAAAUACAGUUACAGAUGGUUACAGCAGUUCAGACUCCUAUACUUCAGAUCCAGAACAAGUUGGAAGCACUGUAACGCGACAACGAUCACAUUCAGGAACAUCUCCAGACAAUACUGCGCCACCUCCACCUCCUCCCAGGCCUCAUCAAUCUCAUUCUCGAUCAUCGUCUUUAGAUAUGAACAGAUCCUUUUCAGUUACGCCAGGACAGCAACAGGCGGGAGUUGUUGCCCAUCCCCCUGCAGUGCCUCCAAGACCACAGCCUUCACAGGGUCCAGGUCCUCAUGUGCAUCGCUCAGUAGAUGCUGAAGGCCUAAUAGCUCAUACCAGUACCUCACCUCAACAAAUACCAGAACAGCCAAAUUUUGCAGACUUCAGUCAGUUUGAAGCGUUUGCUGCAUCAGGUGUAAACAAAGAGGAAGAAGAUGAAAUUGAAACGCACUCAGAAGUCUUGCAGGUUGAAAAGCCCUCUGAUUCUGCAAGUUCUCUUAGAGUUGCCAAAGCAGAUGGAAGAGUUGAGGACAAAGCACCUGCUAAUGUCCCCACUAGUGCGGGUAAAGGUACUACCCCACUUGCUCCACCACCAAAGCCUAUUCGCAGAAGAUUAAAGUCAGAAGAUGAGCUAAGACCUGAAGCUGAGGAGCAUACACAGAAAACAGGUGUCAUAGCUGCUGUUCUUGCUUCACAGCCAUCUAUUCCUAGAUCAGUGGGGAAGGACAAGAAGGCAAUUCAAGCAUCGAUUAGACGUAACAAGGAAACGAACACUGUUUUGGCCAGAUUGAAUAGCGAGCUACAGCAGCAAUUAAAGGAUGUUCUUGAAGAGAGAAUCUCCCUGGAAGUCCAACUGGAACAACUUCGACCCUUCUCUCACCUUUAAGCCUACUGCCGUUAACUGUGAAUUUACUAAUUUUGAAAGGGGUAUUGGUUUCAAAGCCUAUUUAAAGAUCCAUGCGUUUAGCUCAGUGCACUCUAUUCUACAUUAAAUGUUGUGAUUCUGUUUUGUCAAUUUGUCCACUUUUGUAUUUAAGUAUUUUAAUUUCAGUACAGGAAAAAAAAACUUUUCCUUGAAUGUGACACUGCCUCUCACAUCAUUUUCUGUGGGCAUCAGUGAUCUUUGUUGGACUUGAGUUUGCAGAGUUCAUCGCCAAAAUUUCCAACUGGAAUCUCUUAGUGAGCUUCCCCCCCCCCACUGAAACAUCUUUACAGAAGAGGAUUGCUAGUCAGUUGACCUUAAUCACUCUUCUUUCACUAUGGCAUUUAUUUUUUUGUGCAAGAAAGGAGAAAAACAAAUUGGCUGUCCUCAGCCAGAAUUGUCUCCCAGGCGGCCUUUCACAAUUUGAAAACUGUUCACAGUUUCAGAAAGCCUGCCUCUUUGCAAUAGACCAACUUACUCAGGCUGACAGAGUUCUGCUGUUCAGCUGUUAACCGUUUCAGCCAGAUUUGAUUUUGUGUUCUUGUUACAUACAUUGUAGAGUAUGUGACCACAGAUUGCCAGGUGUUCACAUUUUAUCCACUCAUGAUCCUGAUUCAGUCGCAUGCAUAUGAGAAGUUAUGGUACAAUUGAUAGUCUAUCAAACAAACCUUUUCCAGUCAUCCCUUUUGUGAAAAGAGUUGGGUAUAAAUUCCAAACAUAUUGAUUGCACAUUUCUUGAGCACCACCUAUAACUGCAUGUUUCACACAUUACCUUUUAAUAACAGAUCACGUCCACCAGUCUCCACUAUAACUAAUUGUAUUGUCAAGUAAUGUGUCAAUACCUCUAUGAACUUCUAAUUCCCGGCAAAAAUAAAUAAAUAAUGAACAGUUUGCUUCUUAGGAAUUCUGGGGUACCUUCUGUCAUCUUGUUUUCAGGCCUUAUUUCUCUGGCAUAUAGACAGACUUCACUAUUAACAGUUCCCUGAGUGUAUCCUGCUAUUCAGGUUGAUGUACUGUAUUAGGAUUUGUUGUAUAUUGUAUGAUACACACCUUUUGAUCUCAUAUGUAAAUUUGCAUUAAUUGCUGACUAACAGCAGAUAUUCUAUUUAAUGGCUUCUUCUGGCUGUGGGAUCAUAGAUGUUUAACUGCAUGGAUGUAUCUCUGCAGAAUCAGAACUAGCAAUUGUGUGAUUUUUACACCAAUAAAACAGCACAAUAUUUUAA